UGCCCAAAGCAAAAGAUCUUCAUGGGACUCUAUAUGUCUUAAAAACCUUUUUCUCUCUCUAUCCACAGAAAACCCAGCAACUUCCACUUUCAGAGAUCAAAAUUGUGUUGUCUCUAAAAAAUGUUGAAGAGAGACUAAUUCCAUGGAGGCGUUUGCAGUCUUUUAGUUGAUCCAGUCUUUCUCAGUUUCUCCAAGCAAAGAAAAGAUUUGCAUCUUUCUUGGAUCUCUUUGGGGUAUGUUGUGUGUGUGAUGUUGAUUAUCACUUGGAAAAUAAAUGGCAGGAUUUUUCUAUCUAGGAGGGAGAGACAACAACAGCAGCAAACAAGAUCAUCAUCAAGUUGACAAGGAUCAUCAUCAUCAUCAAGACAAGAGUAACUAUCUUUAUCUUUACAAAGACGAGAUCUAUAACACCAACAAGGGUUUCGAGAUUUGGCCUCCACAAUACUUCCAACAACAACAAGAACAACAACAACAUGUCACACCUCCUUCAAACUUCUACUCCUUUGGAAUGGUCCCAAGCGGAAGCAGCAGCGGCAAUAACAACAAUAACAGGAGCCGGGGUUUAUACAUCAACGUAGUCUCCGAUCAUGAGCCGGGAGGAUUCACCGUAACGAGACAAGGAGGUAUGAAUUGUCAAGAUUGUGGGAAUCAAGCUAAGAAAGAUUGUCCUCAUAUGAGAUGUAGAACUUGUUGUAAGAGCCGAGGCUUUCACUGUCAGACUCACGUUAAGAGCACUUGGGUUCCUGCUGCUAAACGCCGUGAGCGUUUGGCUCAACUCGCUUCCUUGCAGCACCAUUCAGCCUCCAGCCGCGAAACGCCAAACGCAAACGCUAAACGCCUACGUGAAGUAGAUGGUGGUGAUAAUGAUGAUGAUAAAGACCAUAAUGGUGGUGGUGGAUCGUCUCUUGCUACCCGUGUGGUGAAUACUAAUUUUAAUUCAGGGUUGGAGGCGAUUCAAAACUUACCACCGGAAGUUAGCUCACCGGCGGUUUUCCGAUGCGUUCGAGUGAGCUCGAUAGAAGAGGAUGAAGAUGAUCAAGAAUAUGCUUAUCAAACGGCUGUGAACAUUGGGGGACAUGUCUUCAAAGGCAUUCUUUAUGACCAAGGACCAGAUCAAGAUCACCACCACCAACUUAACCUCCUUGCAUCCACUGCUACAACCACCAAUGCCGAAGAGAUUGCUGCAAAAACGGCGGUUACUAUUGCCGGAAACAAUAACAGUGGAUUAAUUCUUGAUCCUUCGUCGCUUUAUCCUACUCAACUCAACUCCUUCAUCACCGGUACGCCAUUCUUCACACCUCCGAGGGACUAAGUUAUUGAAUAUUAUUUCCGCUUUACAACGUUAUAAUAAUAAGAGGCCUUUCUUUGUUGUUGUUGUUUUUGUAUUCAUCUUUGCCUUUUAAAAACUUCGUGCAAGUUCAUAAAACUCCCUUAGCUAGGUUGUUACUUAGUGGUGAUUAACAUGCACAUCGUACGCGGUACGCCUUUUUAAGAACAUCAAUGAGAGUUAAAUUAAUGUUUGAGUUUUAAUUUUUGAUA